UCAGCAAAAAAAAAAAGUCUAGCAGAAUUUACAACAUUGAGUCAUUGUCACAAUAUUUCCUGAUAUAAUCAAAGCUGAAGAAGUUAUUUAAUUUUCUGUUUUAGAUAUGGACUACAUCAACACUACACAGAUGGAACCAAAAAACAGCACGAAUGUCAGCAGCGUGUUCACACAUCAGGUUCUGCCUGUGCUCUACACCAUCAUCUGCGCUUGUGCCUUCAUUCUCAACGGACUCGCCGCUUGGAUCUUCUUCAGGGUUCCCACCUCAUCAGCCUUAGUAGUUUACCUAAAAAACAUGGUGGUGGCAGAUGUUCUGAUGUUGUUUACCUACCCGUGGCGUGUAGUGGGGGACCUCGGUUAUGGCGGUUUGCAGUUGAAGCUGAUAGUUUGCCGCUACACAGCUGUGCUUUUCUACCUCAGCAUGUACACAGGAAUAACCUUCAUGAGCCUCAUCAGCUUGGAACGCUACUUUAAAAUCGUACGCAACACCUUUGGUAUGUCUUCCUUUCUGCAGCGUGUUUCAGUAGCGAAGGCUCUUGCGGUGCUAACUUGGGGCAUCAUGAUGUUCUUCAUGCUGCCGAAUGCCAUAUUAACCAACCAGCCCAUGCCUAAGGUUUUCUCCUGCAUGGCCCUAAAGAGUGACCUGGGUCGGCGCUGGCACGAAAUUUCAGCCCACUUCAACAUUGGAGUCUUCUGGGUGGCAUUCCUGUUGAUGGUGUUUUGCUACACCUCCAUUGCUUGUCAUGUUUACCGCUCUUACAAACGGGUGCAGCAGGACAGCAGCAUGGCGAGACGGCGAUCAAAUCGAAGCAUCUUUAGCUUGCUGGCUGUUUUUGUCUUCUGCUUUGUUCCGUACCACGUCUGUCGUGUGCCCUACACAAUUAGCCAAGGCCACAAGGAUGACUUUAGUGCCUACAACCGCUUCAUUCUCUUCCAGGUCAAAGAAGUUAUGCUCUUCCUGUCCGCUCUUAAUGUGUGUCUGGAUCCUGUCAUCUACUUUUUCAUGUGCAGGACAUUCAGAGAGUCGCUUUUGCAGAAGAUGUCAUCUGUAAACCGCAAAAACAGGAGGCCUUCAAGAAGGCAUUGGGCUCAGUAUCAGCAAUCUGUUAUGAUUGAGCAACAAAGCAAAACGAGCAUUACCCAUUUGCAAGAUGGAAAAGAUAUUUAGAUUUGACAUCACAUACCAUGCUGUGGUUUCCUUGCAUGCAAAAUGUCAGCAUGUCAAGUCAAGUCACCUUUAUUUAUAUUGCGCUUUUAACAAAAAAGAUUGCAUCAAAGCAACUGAACAACAUUAAUUAGGAAAAAAGUGUGUCAUUAAUGCAAAAUGACAGUUAAGGCAGUUCAUCAUUGAAUUCAGUGAAUGUCAUCAUCUCAGUUCAGUUUAAAUAGUAUCUGUGCAAUCAUUUGCAAUCAAGCAUGGAGAGAUGGAGCAAAUGAAGGUCACAA